AUGCUCCUGCGUUCAGCGUUCGCAUAUCUUUUCUUCGGCCUGGCUGCCGUAUCAGCAAGAACUCCACCCAAAGUAUACAUGAUUCGACAUGCAGAGAAACCCCCCAAUCGAGAUGAUCAUGGCUUGACAUUAGACGGGAUCAAGCGAGCUCAGUGUCUGCGCGAUAUCUUUGGCCAAGACUCGGACUAUAACAUUGGGCAUAUUAUGGCACCUACAGUGAAGUGGAUCUCCCCCCCAGAUGGAGAACACCGGCGAGCUUAUAUGACCGUUCUCCCUCUCGCAAAUGACCUUGGUCUCGAAGUUGAUGCCCACUGCUCGCGCAAAGGGACACAAUGCGUCGCGGAUACGAUUCGGAAUUACAAUGGCCCCGGCAAUAUCCUAAUUGCCUGGCGACACAAGAAUAUGGGGGAAAUUCAGGAGCUUCUGGGCUCCUAUGAUCCACUUGAAUAUCCUGAAGACCGAUUUGAUCUCAUUUGGACGAUCCCUUUCCCAUACGAUGAAGUCACGGAUAUAAAAAGUGAAUUCUGUCCGGGCCUCGACUCCCGCCCGGUGCUGGUGGUACAACAUUGA